GUGGGCAGCCUGGGGCGGAAGCAGAGGACGAAGCUGGAUGAGCACCGCCGGCGUUGUUUCGGUCCUGCUGUCGCCAACCGUCCUCGACACAACAUCUCCCCGUGGUCAUCAUUUCGCAGCUCCCAGCCAGCACCUCGCGCCAUCACGAUCCAGAGAAUCUGUCCGUGAAUACGCAGCAUCGAUAUGGCUGAAGGUACGAACGCAGCUUUGGCUGGGAGGCUCUGGUUCUUACUGCUGUUUGUGAGGCCGAGCAGGCUCGAUUCAUGAGCCCUUCCUGUGUGGGGUUCUGCCCCAUUUUCUCUCCUCAAGAACCCGGCAUCAAUGGCUUUCUUGGAGGCUUCGUCCUAGAAACAAACAUGCACAGUAUGCAAAGCAGCCGGGCAGACUCUGUCCAAAGGACCCUGGGCUGUGUUGAAGCUGCGCUGGGAGAAGCCGCACAGCCUGCAGCCGAGAUGAAGAGUCUCGAGGAAACCCAGGGUGCUCCUGCAGUCAAGUACCGCAACCAGCCGGGCCAGCCCGCCUCCCAGUCCAAUCACCCUCAACCAGAAUCCGACCGAGCCCAACAUGGGCCUACCGAUCCCUGUUCAGCCUCGGCUUCGGCUUCGGCGGCCCUGGCCAGGGAGAGCAAGCUCAGGGCCCGCGAUUACAUCGCCAGCUCGUGCAAGAUCCGUCCCGCCUCGCCCACGCAAAACACCACGCCAGACAUCAAAGGGCCGCCGCAUGCCGACCACAUAUCGCGUAACGUCAGCGGGACGACGCUCUUGUCAUAUAUCGCCAGGGCCAGCAAUGGCACAUCGGAUCUCUGCGAGCUGUACCACAAGACAUUCGCCAAGAUCCACUCGCAGUCGAGCCACCCGGCCGGGCUGGUCACGGUGGUGUCGGCGAUCGCCACGGCCCAGUCGAUCCUGACCCCGCAGAUCAUCGCCGAUGUGUUUGGACUCGAGAUCGGCGUCGUUCGCGAGUGUCUCAAGAGCCUCAGUCUGGUCCUCGAUCCUGGCGCCA